ACGGCUUGCGUUCAGCAGAAGAGGAUUCGCGUCGAGAGUUGUGGUGAGAGAGGAAUCGAUCGCAGAGUCGAUGCGAUUUGAGGUCAACUCUGCUUUCGAGGCAUUCAUUCACCUCCGCUGUGCACACAUCCAGUGCCCCGAAGAUGUCGACGCGCCCGUUUGUGCGGAAGACAACCGCAGCUACGCCUCUGAGUGUGAGUUGCGUCGCCAGAGCUGUAAAACGCGAAAGACUUGGAUUCGCGUCAAACACAACGGCCUUUGCCUCCAACACCAGUGCGCGCACCACCUCUGCCCCCAACCCCACGCUCUCUGCCACCCGCACCCCCUCGGCCCCCAAUGCCAGUGUCCCCUCUGCCAGCCCUCUCUCGCGCGCGUCUGCGCUUCCGAUCAUCGCGUCUAUGACAGCGAGUGUCACUUGAAACGGGAAGCCUGUCUAUCGGGCAGACGUGACCUUCGGGUGCUUCACGCGGGUCUCUGUGGCGACAAAUGCCGGCAAACGGGAUGUCGUUUUGGCGCCCAAUGUCUGGACGGCGAGUGUCGUUGCGUUUCCUGCAAAAGUGACGUCAAGAGUGUCGUCUGCGGGACCGACGGAAAUUCUUACGACAACGAGUGUCUUCUGCGGAACCACUCUUGCCAUCUGGCGGUCGAUAUCCGAGUCAAACACAACGGCUCUUGCGUUGCGCCGCCGCCCGAAACCUCCCUUUGCCCGCAAUGUCCGCAAAACGCCUUCGAACCCGUUUGCGCCAACGGUGCGUCUCUGCCCGCCCUCUCCCUCCCGACCCCCUCUCACAUGGCAUUACUUACUCUCAUGAAUGCCAACUUCGCCGAAACGCUUGUCUGCUCGGCCGAGAUCUGA